UUGAACAGCAAGUGAAGGGAAUAUAGAAGCCAGAGUCUUGCUAGUCUGAGACACAGUCCUAUCGUUUAUCAAUUGGUUGAUAAAAGAUAUGGAAAAGAAUAGCAUUGUGCCAACUAAUCCGGAAGUUUUGGGAGAACUGAAGAAAGCUGCAAUUAGGAUGCAGAAGCCAAAUAUGCUCAUACCAUAUAGCCAUAAAUGAAGGAACAGUAAGAAUUUGUUAGUCUCUUCAAACACAGGAAUCAAUAUCAACAUCAUUCAGACACAUUGGAUUGUGUUUAUGAUGAUAUAGUAGGUGAACCAAGAAAGCCAAUAUGGAAGAUCCGUGAGACCCAUAAUUUUCAUAGCUUCUCUGAUCUUGGUAUGUUUCUCUUGUGUAGCGUUGAAAAGGAAUCUGUACAUUGGCGCAAUAAACACGAAGAGUAAGACAGUCCCCCACAUGUUAGUUGCAGUCUCAGCAAAGUCGUCUUUGUUGUAUUUGUUGGUCUUCAUUCCAGUAUACACCAUUGAUAUGUAAGCAGCAUUGUUUGUUCUACUCAUUAAGAUCUCAUUCGCGAUAAUGUUUUGUAAGUAAGUGUAUCCACCAGUUUUAUAUUGACCGAAAGCAUCAGUAUUUGGACCUCUCUGGAACUCAUCAGCUGCUGGCAGCUCUUGGUUAGGCAUGUUCGGGUCAUCAGUCCUCUCGUUGAUAAGAUCAUCGAAGAUCAUGUUUACGGUGAUUUUAUCAGUGGAAGCCUCAGAAAAUACAGCUCCAAAACAAAUCCCAGGAUUACCGUCUUGCUCAUAAUCAGAAGCACUGAUAAUGCUUCUAAUUUCAUCUCUUGAACUGGGUUAAGUCAGCUUCAAGCCUUGCCUUAAUGUUUGCUAUUAUGGAAUUCCCAGUUGGGCCAAGAGCAAUAAUAUUUCUGUCAGGAGUAUCUUCUCUUCCAAAGCAAUAAUCAAACCAUUCAACAUUGGUUGGGAAUAUAGCAUAGUUUGCAAAGUCCUUAUUAACAGUAGUGGAUCCUUGGUCAUAGAAUAUAUAGCCAUCGUCUAGCAGACUAUUAGGACCUGUGGCUUCUUUUGUAAUGAUCAAUCUCAGCAGUAGUACACACAACAUCAUAAACAUUGGGAAGACUAGCUCACAAAUGGAGCCCUUCCAGUUUCUCUUGUAAAGAUAC